AGGAUUGAUUUGUGUCAAAGUUUGCGUAUUAUUCGGGACCAUGGAAGCGCUUUAUCAUCAAACAAAUCAACUAGCUGAACAUACCCAGCAUAGGUUAGGUGUACUUGAACGAUCCGUUGGCAAGGAAUCGCUCGAAAUUGAGAAUGAAAUUCAGGCGAACAUAGAAUCGAUUCGAAAGAAUUGCGAGAGAUUAGAUGUGCUUGUUCAGAAGGAAAUACCUGCUCGUCGGAGUACCUCGAAAAUGCGGGUCGACCAGUUGAUCUACGAUUCCAAGCACCUUGAGGCAAGUUCGAUCGUGUGUGGCGUCAAGAUAAUUGAAACUUUGACCGCCGCUCUACGAAACGUUCGCACACGGAGAGAAAAUCGUGAGAGGGAGCUUCGGGAUCGAGAAGAAUUGCUUGGAACUCGGUUCAGAACCAAUGAUCACGGUGACACGUCUAUCAUGAUCGACCAUGCCCUUCAGCAUCAUACUUCCCUACAGAAUGCACACCGAGGAAUGGAUGACCUCAUCGGCUCGGGGACAUCUAUACUGGAAUCUCUUCGAGACCAACGAUCGUCUUUGAAGGGCGUCCAGCGUAAACUUCUGGAUCUUGCAAACACACUAGGGCUGAGUAAUAGUGUGAUCCGCAUGAUCGAGCGCCGUGCCUACGAAGAUAAAUAUAUCUUGUUUGGCGGCAUGUUCGCGACUUCGGUGAUCAUUUUUCUCAUCUGGAAAUAUUUUGGGUGAACUGCGAUGCUCCCGGAUGACGCAUUCCCUUAAUUUAGCCGAAAUUGCUCGUGGUUGUGAAGUUACCAUUGAAGAUGUUAUCUUUUUUAUUGAGAAAAUGGUGAGGAUUGCUUUCGAGAAAGGCUGGGUGUGCUUCGAGCUGAAUUCAUUGUUGGUUCGUCAUUGCUGAGUUCACCGUUUGUGAUGAAUUUAUUGUGAGCUCUUGUGGACUGGUCGCAGUUCAUUAAAAGUCCUGCAUUGAUUUGCUUGUUUAUGCAGCUGGGUUUCCGACUUCAGCAGUACAUGUGUUUUCCGGAUACUCGGUCCUUCUCGUUAUUGUUCCAGGUUUUGUUUAAUUUUUCGCAUGCGGUACGUAAAUCCGUGUUGGGAUCACAUGUGGAUUGGUCCAUCGUUGGUUUGUCAAGAAAACGUGAUGAUUCCAGCGACGUAUUGCAUUGGUCUCAAGAUUCCGCACUUAGGUCUUCUGUCAGGCAACAUGUAGAUAAUUUGAUGUUUAAGGGCACAGUUCCAGACACCAGAAAAUUAAGUUGAACUUCCAUGUAUUGUACAGGUUAAUUAAAAAUUAUUCAUAUCAUAAACUUCUAAUGACAAAGCAGGCUUGCUUACGUCUGCAGUUGUCCGUUUGGAAUUGAUCUUAAAUCGAUUUCGUUAAGAUUAUGACUAGCCCAGCCGAAAAUCAAAUCAAAUUUUGAAUUCCUUGCUGGGUGGAUAUUCGACAACACAGCACGGGGAUCCACAGAAAAUUGGUCUCAACUAUGGAUGCUUUCCUGGUCGUCGCUCUUUACUCUUGCAGCGCGACGGCUUUGCAUUACUUCGCAAGGACCAACAGAGAAGCGUCGGUAGAAAUUAUGCCGUGGUUGAUGGAAAUACAUUACUUUGUGCCGAA